AUGUUCAAGUACUUUCUUCGUCCACUGCUAUGUAUACGUCAUACUUCAUAAUAUGAUGACUCCUCUUUUCUCUAUCAUACUGAGCAUGCGUCAUAACAACAUGGUCUUUUUGUCCGUCACUACUCUAUGAACUGUUUGUGUGUUAGUGAGGUCCGACACAACAUCCACUGUGACUCUAUUGAAUGUAGGAUCAUCCUAAUCUCGUAUCUCUUUUUUUGUGACAGUCUGAUGACUAGCAGCUCUGACAGCUGUCAUGGGGUAGAGCCUGUGUACAUGUGCCUACUCUCUUUUGCUUUGCUUGUCAUGCCUUGUUUGGUCGGGACUUGGAAGGACGCCAUUGCCAGUGGCUAUCUCCCGUGCUCGCGUGUGCGCGACCGCCACGCCAGCCGAGAGUUCAGCUGGGGCCAGUCCUGGCUCAGUAUGUGGCGUCUUUGAAAGCCAUGGCUAUACCCAGCAGUUGCUCGUGCUAGCAACUCCUUUUCUCUCUCUCUUUGCGGAGCAGUGUAGCUGUAGAGAGAAGGAAUAGAGUGUUUUGAACUGGAUUCUACUUUGGGGUUGGGUCAUGUCUGCACAAACUGUUCUGAACUGCGUAUCCUGUGGUUGUGACAAGAAAAGGGUCAAAAUUGUGUCGUGUUUGCACUCCGUGUGCGUUGUGUGCAUUGAGCGGCACAUCGAAGAGGAUGGCUCCAUCACCUGUCCGAAGUGUAGAGCAUGCACACCAUUGCAGCAGGCUGGAUGUUCUCCCGUGCUGUGUUUGCCUGAUAGUUAUGCCUUGGUAGAGGGUGGUGGUACAGAGCAGAAGUCUGGCGUAUCGUGUGAUGAAUGUAUGGACGUGCAGGCAGCUGUUUGGCGCUGUGCAACGUGCAGCAGUCAUUUAUGCGAUUUACACGGCCAAGGCCACAAGCGUUCCCGAGCUACGCAUGAUCAUGAGGUACUGUCGUUGGAUGCAGCAGUUACCGAGACUGCUGCUACUGCUACUGCUGCUGGCAGUACUGCUGCUACUGCUACUGCUACUGGCAGUACUGCUGCUACUGCUACUGCUACUGGCAGUACUGCUGAGACCACUACUGCUGCUUCAGCUACUCAAUCCCAGCAUCACUGUGCACUGCACCCAAGCAGUAUCCUGACCAAGUUCUGCACGAAAUGUAAGAAGUUGUUAUGCGAGCGAUGCAUCGGCACCGGAAAACAUGAGGAGCACAAACAAGAUGUUGUACCCAUCAGUGCUGCAGCAGAGAAGAUGAGAGUGUCAGUGAAUGAUUUGUUGCUGAGCUGUGUGUCUGAGAGUGAUGGCGUUCUGGAGAGCUCCAUUGAGAAAGUACAGUCCUCCAUUCGUAACCUUCAUGAUCAGAUAGAGCUUGCAUCAGAAGAGGCAGUGCUGUUUUUCCGUUCUCUGGUAGAAGCUAUUAAGAAACGUGAAGCCAGUGUUCUGAAUGAACUUGAUGAGCUUCGAAGUCAGGCACUGGGACCUCUGGAGAAGCAACUCGCUAGACUGCAGGGCAGUGUAUCACAAACAGAAGUUGUGAGUUGCUUGCUCGAUUCUUGCCAGGACAGCGUGGACUUUGUGCGCAUGUCGUCUUGGCUAGUGACAGCCUUGAACGGUGCAGCGGAGGUUGGCAAGAGUGAUGCUGAGCCAUGUGUUGUGAGCGGCAUCGUCUUUGCGGCAAGCGACACACGUGAUCUCGUGGCUGGCAUUAGCAAAGCGGGUCUUUGUGCUGAUGCAGCAAAGAACAAAGUGCGUUGCUCAGGCAAUCGUAAGAUGGGCAGUGACGUUGAGAUCGACAUAGAGGUGGAGCAACUUUCCGAUGCUGCUACUAUCAGCCAAGACCAGCUGAGGAAGAUCGAUGUAGGAGUUUGUGUGACAAAUGCGGGCGGCAAGACAGUCCAGUGCGAGCCCCUACAGCAAUCAUCUACUGGACAUCUGGUGACUAAAUGCCGUCCUGCUGCAGCCGGCGAAUACGCUGUUUCCACUACGAUUGCCGGUGUUCCUCUGAAAGGUAGUGGAGUGAAGUUCAGUGUUGUUCCACCAGCACCUGCUCAGCCGGCACCCGUACCUGUGUUUGAUAUCAACCGCUGUCAUGGCGAUAUUCAGAUCAGUAACAACAACCGAACCAUCAGUAAGUCGUCGUCCUACGGGUGGCGUUCAGUGUGUAGCUCACCGAUACAGGAGAAGUGCGGUAGUAGUGCUAUACAGCUACGUAUAGAUGUCACACAGCAAGCCAGUAUCUAUGUAUGCUUAUGUGCAUCGUCUAGUCCAGUACUGAAUGGUACACAUCGCACACAGGGUGAAGUGUACGGUUGGUAUGGUUACCGUGCUAAUACCUGGUGUGGUGGUGCUCUAGGCCAGCCCUGGCAGAGCAAUGAUGUGAUCACAUUGACAUUAAACCAUGAUGAUCAUAGCCUGACCGGACUGCAUCAUCGUACCGGUGUAACUGAAGUGUUGCACAACAUCCCAACCAGUAACCUAUGCUGGUAUGUAUCAUUGGUUCAUGCACGUGAUCAAGUUACGAUCGUUUCUUGACUCACACUGCUAUCACCCUGAUUUAGGCGAUGAUCCGCGUUUGGUACUUGAACUCCACAACACACACACGCACACACACACACACACACACACACACACACACACACACACACACACACACACACACAAACACACACAAACACACACACACACACACACACACACACACACACACACACACACAGUGGCUUCAUUCACUACAUGUACUUGACUCUUUGACUUUACUGGUAACCUUCGUCAGUGCAUGUCUGCCUAAUUUCCAUCUUUUGUAACAUUAGCACAUACAUGUGCAUAAUUCAUUUCAUUUUUCUUUUCAUCAUGGUUGUAUGUCGGAAUCGAUUGUUUCAUUUAUAGCCAGCAUGCUCAUCAUUCUGUUUCCUGUGUUGCUGCCAUGUCUUUGUUGUGGCCGGCACCAUCUUUUGCUCAGUGUGCUAGUUUCUAUACAGCCUUCCAUUCAAUGAAUGUUGGUCAUUAGAGAGACAGUCAUAUACUGCAGGUAUUAGUUUUGUACAUCCAUGUUUUCUCUCAUUUUCUUUUUAUUCGUCGGCCGUAACUCAUGGAACAUGAAGGAUCGUUGGUGUUUGAAUUUCCACUCGUGGUCGAUUUCGUAAGCUUUUCUGCCCCACAUGUACAUAUACUUUGGAAGUACCGAGCUCUUGUUGUCAUACUUUUGAGAAUAGUAUUCAUGAGAUGUAAGUGGAAGGGUAAAGCCUGUCGUAUGGA